AUGGAGAGCCAUGACGACAAUGGCAGUGAGCAGAGCAUGUCCACGGCAGUGGCGACACUACGGCACUUGGAGUAUGUGGUCAUGACUUUAGCUCACAUGAACCAGCAGAUGUCAGACUUUCGUGGUAUCACGGCUUCCCUGGCAAGGAUCGAAAGGAGCCUCCGCACCAUACCGCCCGACUCCGGCAGUCGGCUUCGCAGACCUUCGGAUGGUUCCGCGAGGUCAGCGAUGUCUGCAGUCAGAGUGGAUGCCGAAGGGAUGCAAACACCGAAGCUGGACUCGGAUGUUCAGUCUUCUAUAUAUGGACUUGAAGCGGUUAGGGCUGAGGAGCUAUGCAGCAGACGAAAGGGCACAAAGAGGUCUACUCGAAGCCCCAACAGGAGUCCAAGAAAGCCUGCACAUGAGCCAGUAGAUCUGCUCGGCCUCCACCAGCCCAGUUCGCAUGACUCUCGGCUUCAGGAAUCGAAGAAGGUCUCACAGAAGCUGUCCAGAUCUGCUUCCUCAUCAGCUGUUACACCGGACAACGCUGUGGCCGAAGUUAUCCCAGAACCUCCUGCCAGCAUAGAGCCACGCGCUCCUACGUCGCCACCUGCUAUGUGUAGGAGGAAGUCUCUGGACGAUCUUCGCCAGUUUCAUGACGCGGUCAUUGCGGCCCCCACGCAUGUAUCCCCUGUCUCACGCCGGAACUCCGUGGAGACAGCAACAGCACUACCGCUCAUGGGCUGGUUCCUGUUGUCGAUGGUUGGCAUACUCGACUUCUCCGACGGCAGGAAGUGGCGAUACCUUGCACGGUGCAGCCUAGGGGUGCAAAUUGCGGGCCUUAUCAGUCUGGUAGCGGCCAUGAGUACAUGGACUGGUGAUUUCGAGGACCUUGAGCCUCUGAUCACAACUGCGCUUUACUUCUUUGGUGUCGCGGCUGGCGUGCUUAGCCUGCGAAGGAACAAGAUCACAUGCCUCCUGGGUCCCUCCGAGUACCUGAUGGAUGACUACGCAGUCGAGUCGGACUUUCUGGAAGACUGGAGAAAGGUUUCCAAGGCACGGCUUCUUCAGAUCAGUGGCUUCUUCGUCCUUAUGAACAGCUCGCGGGUGGGUGCUUUGUUUCUGACAGAGAGGGAAAUCUUUGGGAAGUACAAGGAUAUCUUUGGCUUCGAUGUUCUCACGGUGGUGGCCUUCACUUCCAUGGCAAUGUGCUAUUGCACGGCUUGCUAUUGUGUGCUGCAUCUAACUGCAGGUCUGGAGCUUGCAGUGGACAGCUUUGCAUUGCGCUUCUUCAGCACGGGCGACAUGGAGGCCGCAGUGAUGAGUUGGAACAUAGUGCAAGCCACGUUACGACAGACUUCGUGCAAGCUCAGUGAUUUCCUGGUACUCCUCGCUUCCUCCUGCAUGGGCGCAUUAAUUAUCUUUGCAUACCAGGUUGCGUCCCUGACUCUUUCUGGUGAAAGCGUGUCCGUGGAGAACAUCAUCAAGUGGUUAGGGUGGUUGUACUCUCCGUUGAUCCUGUUUCUCUACGUCCUGUCGACUUCAGCAGCCGUCACAGAGAAGGUCGAUCGCUUGGCCCCUCUUGUGAACUCGUGGUCGUUUGACGGUCGCGAAGUCCUUGACGAAUCGCGACAGUAUGUGGUUUCGUAUAUUCUGCAUAGCCGUGCAGGGUUCUAUGCGCGAGGUAUUCGCAUAACAUCCGCGAACGUGCAAAAGCUCGUGUACUACUUCGCAGCAGGGUCGUUCGGCCUCCUCACUAACCUAUGGCAGAGAUAG